AUGAUCGAAUGUAAAAGAAAUACAGCCUCGAUCGUUGUUCCACCUGUGGUCUUGCUAGUUGCCGUAUUCCUUCUUGUCGCCUUAGUUGCUACCAUCAGGCGUAAAAGAAGGAACAAACAGGCUUCAGAAGGGGAUGGGACUAUUGCUUUGAACAUCAGGAGCACAGUCAAUCAGAAUGAGAAUACAGUGGUCUACAAUGAGAUUGGAGAGCAGGACUACAACACCUUAUUCGGCGGCAAGGAAAGAGAUGACUAUCACGAGUACAACGUCCCAGAUCGUCCCCAAGAAAGGACAUCUGUUGAUAGGACCACGGCCAGUGGAUCUGGUCCAUAUCAGGAACUCUGGCAAGAUGGAACACGUGCAGUCGCUGCUGUGAAUAGGUCACCGGGAGUGACAGGACAUAGGCAUGGAGUGGCGGGCGACCUUCACGCUUACCAGGAUCUACGUCAGGACGAUGGGAGCGUCAGUGGUAGUCAUCCAAAUGGUGAAAUGCCAAAUCAACUACCCUCAAAGGACACACCCGCAAUGGAGAAUGGAUACCAAGCACUCCAGACCACCACGCCUGAGUACGCUACCCUGGAACCUAGUCCCGAGUAUGCUACCUUAGAGCAAAACGACCAAUCAGUGACAGGCACUUCGGAUGUUUCAGGACCUGCUUCAGACAAGCAAUAUGACAUGCUUCAGCGAAGCAUCAAUACGGUUGGACAGCCACCCUCUGCAGGGUAUGGUACCUUGAAGCCCAUGAAUGAAACAGAUGCGGAUUACGAAUCUCCAAAUGGCAAACCAUAGACCACAUCUGACUUUGAGGAUUCGAUCAGACCCACAGAGGCUCUACCAAUUAACCAACCGAAGACCAGAAACCUUGUUUCUUACGAUGACGAUGAUUACCAGACACCUAUUGGGCCCGCUGAAGAUCUGAAGAAUGACUACCAGACCUUGGACAAUCCUGGAUACCAACAACAACCUGACACCCAAGCCGAGGAGUUCUCACACCUUCAGAGGUCUCUAGGUGCUAAACUCCAAUCUCAUCCGAGCAGUAAUCAUGAUAACAGUGACUCGUAUGGAAAGCUUCAUCUUAACAGCACUCCUUAAAGGUGAAGCUUAGAACAGAAAGGGAACGUUUAAUUUUAAAAUAAACUAGUCAAUGUUUUUAGAAAAGGUUUGAGUAUGUAUAUGAUAUGAUAGUGUUUUAGACUUUAGAACCCCCACAUCCACAAAAAUCACAAGAUCAAACUAAAUGUUGCACACACGGAUAAGCAAGCAGUUUUUUGGCAAUAAUCGCCUUCACAGACAUUAUAAAUGAGUGAUGAAAUGGGGGAUUUAUUUGUUGUAAGAUGCCCCAAAAUUAUUCGAAAUUCAGAACAUUUGUAUAUUAUGACUUUGAACAUGUAAAAUAUUGAGCAAGAAGGUGGUCGAGCGCACACUUUCCUCAACCAUCUGCCUCCCUCUCUUUCUCUCUAUUUCGUUAUCUCUCUCCCCUCUCUCUGUC